CAUUCAUAGAUGUAUUCAUUCUUAUCGAUAAUAACGCCUUUGUUACUCCUGUUUUUUCAUCAUCAAAUCUUCAAUUUCUUCAAUUCAAUGAAACUGUUUGUACAAAAUAUGGUUUUCAAGAAGCUAAUAGAAUAGGCGUUGGAAAAUCAUGUUCAGCAUGGGAUAAAGCACUUUAUUAUUUUUCCAAAGUUUCAACUCAUUAUUUAUUUGUCUGGUUUAUUGAGGACGAUGUUUUUAUUCCCUCUGUUCAAGCAUUUUUAUCGCUACAUGAAGUUUAUUCUCCAUCUAACGAUAUGGUUACUGCUGCUCUUUCGUACAAUAGAGAUGGAAAUAUAAAUAUUUGGCAUUGGCGAUCAUCAUCUACAGCAUUUGCUCCUCCAUGGGCUAACGGUAUGGUAUGUGCUAUAGGCUGCAGUCGUCGAUUAUUAUCAGCUAUUGGUGAAUAUGCACGAUGGCGAGGUCAAUUAACAUUUAUUGAAAAUCUAUUUCAUACAUUAGCUAUUCAAGAUGGUAAUAUGAAAUUUGUCACACCAUUUGAAUUAAAUACAAUAGUCUAUCGAGACACAUAUACAUUAGAACAAAUACAAAGGCGGCCAAAUAAUUGGUGGCAUCCAGUCAAAAACUUUUCUCUACACAGAGAAUGGCGAAACAAAUUAAGUCAAAAAUCUUCUGUCGAUAUAAAUAAUCGCAUUAGAAAAUUCUAUUCGACAUUACAACAGUUACAAACCAUUGAUACCAAGAAUUCUAGUUUUGAUUUUAUGCAACAUAUAGCCAAUCUUGGUGUUGAGAUUGAAAUCGUCAAAGGUCAUAUCAAAUCAUUCGAUCGAUAUCAACUUCGAAAGCAAUUUCUUCAACUAGCUCAUAAUCUAUCAAAGAAUCUAGCGGAUUUAUUUACAGUACUAGCUGAUCAUGCAUUUAAAUUACCAGAACCUCAAAUCAAUAGAAACAUCAUAGAAAAUAAAACAGUAGCACAUAUGAUGCUAGAAAAAGCAAUCAAAAACAAUAAACAAAUGAUUUCUCAAUUAACAACAAACAGAAGUUUAAGUGCAGAUGAAAUGGUAGAAAUUACUGAGUUACGUGUUGAUGCAAUCCGAUUAAUAGUUAAACUUUCUCGCCAGAUCCGUUGUGAGCUACAAGUUAUAGCAUGCGGUCCGAUGAUAGAGUUAUACUGUGUUUUAGUACUACAUUCAGAGUUUCAUAUUUUUAUAUGGUAG